GAUUACUUAAAAUUAUAUAAUCGGAUUUAGGGGUGUAAACAACCCCCACGGCGUACGCCAAUGGAAUCAACGAGGCCGCACUUUAAUUCCCCCGCCAGCUUCCAUAUUUGUUUACAUUCGAUAUCAGUGCUGUCAAUGAGGUUAGCAAAUUUGAAUGGGCCGAUUUUCGAUGAAACGCUCUUCCGCCGCGGUCCACAUAAAUUAUCCGAUUCCUUUAUGCACCGAUUUAAUUUAUUAAAGGUCCUCCGGGCAGCUGGACGUCCAGGUAAACGAGGAAUAUUUCGUGAGAUCAUCUGUGGACCGGCGUUCUGCGCGUGCGCACGUCUUCGCGCCAAUGCCCGGUGCAGAUAGCAGAUGUUUUCGUAACCAACACCGAAGUGUACACGCUAAGCAUAACCGUGUUCUAUUUUAAUAUUUUUUUGUUGCCAAUCGGUAGUCCGCAUCGUGAAAAAAACGGCACCACGUCGAAGUCGAUAGUUUGCAGAUUAUGAUUAACGUAAAAUAAACGUCGUCACUGUUAGCCUCGAUGUUGUGCGAGCCCGUGUUUCCCGUCAGCCCUCCUGCUUUUAACAAAGUAGUUAGGAAACCAUUUUGUUUAGUUGUCCGGAUCAUGAAUUUUACGAAAGUGCAAGCCGAAAAAUAACCAAACACACGAAUCGUACGAGUGUGGUGCAUCUGUAAAGUCCGUAUUUGAGAACAAGAUUCCGGUCCAUCGCUCCAGGGGAAACAUUAUCGAUUUACGCUUCAUUAUUUUAAUUCGGAACUAAUGAAUUGAUAACCCACAUAAUUAAAACGCAACUAAAAAUGCCUCGUGGAAUGCGCCGCAGCGAUGGCCAUCACCUUCAAACGGUCUCUACCCCUGACAUGACGAUAGUCAAGCAAGAAUUAACACCCAGCCCACACUUGCUUGACCAUGGAUAUGGGGCUACACCUCUUAACCAAGUCAUCUCAUCGUGCAUACCAGCAGCAGCCCCCCCAGUCAAGAGGAAACUUAACAUGGAAGUACACAAUAUUAUAGUGCCUAUUAAACAAGAAUUCAAAGCGCCGCCCCCCAAAAGACAGAAAAAGCCACCCCCCGCCAAAAAACCCACCAGAUACGACACGUCCCUUAGCCUGUUAACCAAGAGGUUCUCCGACCUACUCAAAGUGGCACCCAAUGGUGUGGUGGACCUAAACAAAGCCUCGCAGGAACUGAAGGUGCAAAAGAGGCGCAUCUACGACAUAACCAACGUGCUGGAGGGCAUUGGCAUAUUAGAAAAAAAAAGUAAAAACAACAUCCAAUGGAAAGGGGGCGUCGAGACCGGCAACUACUUGGAACUGACCAAGCAGAUGCAGUGGCUGGAGGACCAGGAGAACGAGCUGGACGAGAAAAUCAAUCGGGUGGAGAACGAGCUCAGGAAACUGAAUCACAACAAGUAUGGGUACGUGACCUAUCAGGAUCUGAGAUCGAUCAACAGGUUCAGACAGAAAACUGUGAUGGCCAUCAAGGCGCCGCCGAACGCUCAGCUCUUGGUGCCCAGGGGACUGGACGAGGACUCCAAGUACCGGAUCCAGAUGAAGAGUAUGGAAGGGGAGAUCGAAGUGUUCUUGUGUCCUGAAAACGUGCCACCCAUCAAACCGAAGCCAGUACCUCCUAUUGAUCCUCUGUUGAGGGACAUACACUUAAGUCCUGGCGUGUUUGACCUGAAAACUCCACCUGUACCUCAACUUGAUAGUCCACCACCUCAGCACAGGCCUAUCUCUUCAGAGAUAUGCCGAAGUAUAUCGUUCAAAGAGGAGAACUCGUUCGACUCGGGACACAGUUCGACGAUAGCCACUCCGAACCUGGAAGUACAAAACCGGCAGUCCGAUUACAUGGUCGGACGGACGGACGGCGGCGGCAUGCAGGAGGACAACGCCACGGCGGAAGCCAACAUGUUGAAUCCGCUGCGGUUGUCGGAACUCAAUCUCGACCACUACGGGAACGCGACGGCGGGCAGUGUCGGCGCCGACGGUGGCGGCAACGUGUCCAAAAUGGAGGAGAUGCCCCUGUUGCUCAACGAAGACCUGGGGCCGAUGGUCGGCCGGUAUCCGAUGCACAUGGACCAAAACUCAGGCAUUGUCGACCCGUUGUUGUGCACCGAACCUUUCGUACCUUUGGAACCCCUAAUUCAAUCAGAAUACAACUUCAGUUUGGACCCGACAGAAGGCUUAGCGGAUCUCUUCGGUUAUGAUUUUUUCUAGGAUACUAAGUUUCGAACAGCCGGGUUGUUUACAAAACACAUUAUCACGGACUGAUAAGUGUUCAAGAUGUGGGAAAUUAAUUAUUACAGAUCGGGUCGGAUAAAAUGACAAAAACCACACUUAUACACAUUUUAUUGCGUACUGAUUUAUAUUUAUUUAUAUUGUCAGUAUAUUUUAUAUUUAUAAUUUAAUUUUUUUCUUUAUUUAUUUAAACGAGAGUGGCGAAAAUUUCUAUAUACACAUUUAUAUACUUAUAUUUUUAGUUGUUUUAUGUCAUUUUGUCCAACAGAAAAAUGUCGGAUCUAUAAGCUCAUGUACAAAUAUUUACUUAAUAUGUCAUUAUUUUUUAUACCAAGAUAACCAUACAAUACGCAUUUUCUAACAUAUCCACACUUUUUAAUUUUUAUUAAAACUUUUUUUAUAUAUAAUAUUGGGGCGUAUUUGUGUAUGUUUUUAUUGGACCAUACAAGUAUUUUUUAAGGAUUUCUAAGAAUUUGUUAAAUAUUGUUAAAAUUAUAAAUUUGUUAGAAAUAUUAUUUCUGUUAAGUAAUUUGCUUUAAAUUGAUAUACAGUUUCAUAUAAUUUGACUGAGUAUGAUAUAAUAGACAUUCAUUCUACUUUAACCUAAUUAUUAAUUUAUUAUUGUAUUUAUACAUACUUGAAUUGUUAUGGUGCUCAAUAUAUAUUUUACUUUAAAAUUAAAUUUUUAUUUUUACUGACACCCCAGUCUUUUUUUUUAACUUUUUAUUUAAAUUAAGGAACGCGUUAUGUUUUAAUAGCGUGUUUUUCAUUAUUGUAUGGUAUAUCUUGGAAAGUACAGAGUUAUUAUUAACAAUUUUUACUGUUCUAAUGCUUUUUGAAUCACCUGUUAUUCAGGUGAGAUUUGUUUGUGAUUUUAAUUUAUAAAUUAUCACUUUGCCAAUGAGUAUAAUACAUUCAUUAUUUUCAACGGGCCUCAUCAAUACAAAUAUAUAUCGGAAUUAAAGUAUGCUUCAAUUAAUUUACAUUAUUAUAUAUUUAUGUCUAUUUGUAGACUAUUUUUUCUGUCAUCAUUUGCCUGAUUAGUUUUUUGAAAGAUACAUGCUCAUUAUCAAUUUGAUAAACAUCCGAUACAAUUAACAUUCAAACGCUAUUUAUAGUACAUAUAUUUUUUUCUUUUUAAUUGAAUUUUGAUUAUAAUAGACAAGUUCGUGAUCGUCCCCAUAAAUUAUAUUUGAUUUUAUAUUUUACAUUUUAAAUUUAGUUCUUUUUUAUAGAAAUAAAUUGAAGAAUAUUUUUUGGUAUGUUUAUUGUACUGACAAAUUUUAUGUUAAAUCAUUUUUUGAAAGAUACAUGCUCAUUAUCAAUUUGAUAGAUAUCCAUUUAAAUUUACUAUCCAACAAUACAUUUAUUUUUACAAAUAGGUGUUUGAUAAUAAUAGACAAGUUUGUGGUGAUCCACAUAAAUUUUAAGCCACACAUUGAUGUGAUAAAAACAGUGUAUUUUGAAAUAAAAUUUUGUAUUGCAUUUGAUACAGGAUUAGCAGGCAGAACUGAGAUUUUGUUAAGAAUUCCUUUGUUCUACUAAUUUGUAUCAUCCCAUAAUAUCUAAACAUAUGUGUAUGGAUACUCAGAUAUUUUGAAAUAUUCAUUACAAAAUUAAUAAUUUUUACACAUCCUUAUUUAUAUAUUACAUAAGCAAUGAUUGGCAUUUGAAACGUUUUAAGGUUUAAUAAUAUUCAUUUAUUUUAUUGUACAUAAUUACUUUUAAUACAAUAUUUUGAAACCUCAUAGGUGUUUCAAAAAAUUUGAGUACCUAAAUCUAAUUUAAAAAUAUUUAUACAUAUUGUUUUAAGAGUUAGUUUUUUUAUGCAAGUCAACUAGUAACGUUCGACCAAAGUGCCUAUUUAUUUGGUCACUGAAAAUUAUAGAAUUAUAUGACUAAUAUUUUUAUAGUUUAUAUUUUAAGAAAUUCGUCAAAACGAAUCUAAAAAGUUCUUUUCCAUCAAUAGGAGUUACACAUUUUGACCACCUAAAAAUAUUCAGAAAUUAUAUUUUAAUUUUUUAUUUUUACAAUUACGGUUUUCUUUUAUUGUAAAUAGUUGUUUUAUAAAGUGUAACUAAUAUUGGUCACUUAUUAAUUAGUAUUUCACAUGAACUUUUGUGAAUUUACAGAUCACCUUGAUAUUAUUUUAUUUAACAAUGAUAAUUUUUUACAUUGCCAUUUUCAAACGACAUUUUGCAGAAAUUAAAAGUAAUGGAAUCAGAAGGUGCCAUUCGAAAAAUGUUGUACAUAUAUUUAUACACGCUUAUUGGGCAUUUUUGUCUUUCAAGUUUUUCUGAAUAGGAUUUUUAAGAAGGUUUAAAUGUUUUACCCAUUGUUGUAUAUUUUGUUAGUAUUAAUUGUUUUAAGACACCCACUAAAUUCCAAAUGCAUAGACAUUUGUGUGUUCAAAUAUGGAAAAACUGGGGACCACUCUGUGAAUGUGUUGUAAUAUAUACACAGUGAAGUCCUUUGGUCUAUGCAUACUUUAUCGUCUUCCUGUAGAUUAGUUUUCCGUUUUUGUGCAUCCACUGGUAUGGCAUGUUCAGGAUUUCAAAAAUUAAUUAAAAGGAACGUUUCAAAAAUUUGAACACACUAUUUGCUGCAAUAAGUCCGUACUAGUCGUUUUAAACAGAUGCAAUUUCAUUUUGUAGACUUAAUUUUACUAAUUGCAAAUAUAUUUUUUGACUCGACUGACUGUUAUAACUUGCAAUUGUGGGUGUUGUUUUUGGUACAAUUAUUUUUAAUUAUUUCUUAUUGGAUUUUAUUUAAUUGAAUAUGUCGAGAUGGGUUUUAGACUGUUUUUGUAUGUGUUUAUGAAGUCUGAAAUCUUUCUUUGGCCAUCUUGAUAGCCAACGACAUUUUUAAUUAUCCUGUUACUGUAUAUAAUUUAUUUUUUCAAUUUUUAUCGAAUUUUUUACAUAUAUAAAUGUCCAAGCCAAUAGAGGCCUUAAAAGUAUCAUUUCUGUAGACAUCACAUUUCUACAAUGUAAAUAAUUAAUUUGUCAAAUAAAUAUUAGAUGCACAAA